AACGACUCUUGGUAAACAACAUUGUAAGUAAUCGCAUCGCCUUCUACGCUUAUAUGAAGAAAAACGAACCAAUUCAACAGCACAAAACUCUUAUAUACGAUGUCAUCAAAACUAACUUUGGCAACGGGGAUAACAACAACACAGGGGCGUUCACAGCGCCAUCAAGUGGCGUUUAUGUUUUGACCUUCACGGUUCACCCAGGAAGUAGUAGCAGCUUUGCUAGUGUAGACAUUGUUGUUAACCAUAAACAGGAAGGAGCUAUAUACUCUGACAGCAACGAAGGCACGCAUGAUCUGAAUGCGGCGACUGCUGUUGUAGUUGUCUGGAUGAACCAAGGCGAUGUAAGCUUCGUCAGGACUUCCACAACGCACCCGGUCAGUGGGUCUAUACGGAGUGAUGAUGGAGGAAGAUCUAGUUUUGCAGGAUGGAAAAUAUCCGAUUAA